CAGAUGCUUCUAUGGAUUCAGAAGAUUCGAGCCCUUGUUCUUUUCACUGACAUCACCAAUGAACAUCUUGAAGCUAGUUUGCAAGCUACGGCUAAGUUGGUUUUCUCCCAUGUUGACAUGACUGUGAGCACUUCGGCCUGGUCACAGAGGGUUUGUGAAAUUUCAGAAAGCCGUUUUCCAGUAGUGUCAUUGCACACACUGCUGGUCAACUUCCCCCUACUGUCCCCUUACUUGCCAGCAAAGAAUGUCACAGCACUCUGCCAAUUCUUCUUGGAAGUGAUGGCACAUUCGAAAGACAAAGAUUCGGUUGAUAGCAGCAAGAACGUCCUCACCCAGACAAGAAUUAUCACCACCUACCUUGAAAGCCAGGCAUUCAUCGAGUGCAAGUUGGCUCAGACAUGCUACGUCACAGCUCUGUGGGGACGUGUUUCCACAAUGUUCAAGGCUAGAAAACGGAAGCUUGACUCUGAAGAAGACCCCAGGGGCAUGUGUCGUGCGCUCACAGACACCCUUUCAGGACCAGUGAAGUGGGAAAAGUAUGCUGAGACGGUUCCGCAAGCCGACUACAGCUCAAAAGAGCUGCUAUCUUCUGAAGGCCUCAACAAAAUGUGGGCUGCCAUUCAUGCUGCCUCUGAAAGGUUGGCAGACAUCAUAGCAACUAGCUCAGAGAAAUUCACUGAGAGAAUCGAUGUGGGAGAUGUCUCAUUUUUGUUAGAGGCCUUGGAUCACCUUCCUCUGGGUAGCCUUUUCCCAGGAAACCAGUUGAGGUGUAUGCUUGGCCUUCUCGCUGUCAUCUUUCUUCUUGAGGGAACGACGGAGAAGAAAAGUGGCCCCCUCUGGGAAAAGAGACUGGUAGCCGUGAAGUCUGCAGUGGGCACCUUCUGUGCACUGCAGCAGAGCCCCAGGAGGUCCUGGCUUCUCGACUUCGUCUCUGGAGGAGCCCUCAUAAGCCGGCUAGUUGCAGCCUUCCAGAACAACAUUUUGCAGGCUCUGGAGGACAAGUCCAUGCUGCAGCUGUACGAGGGCAUACUCGACGCAUUAGUACGCCAAGCAUUACGGAAGAAAAACACUGUCAGGAUGUUGAAUUCUGUCGUGAAAGAAGUUAAAGAAGUCAUUUCAGCCUCAAAGGAUCUUCCUUUAAAAGCAUACGCCAGUGCCGCACUGGUGCUUUUCAAGGAGUUGGUGAUGGAGUUGCGCAGAAAGCCUCACGAAGAUGUCAGAGGCUACAUCCAGAAGAUGGCCCGUACAAUGUCCGAAGGUGUUGAGUCCUGGUUGCAACGACUUCUUGGGUGUAAGCAGCCAUCGGCAGAGAUGAGAAGACACAUCUACACCAUUGGCCUCUUGCAGGCCCAGUACACAUUUUGUUCCCACAGGCUGUCUGCUGACAAAGAGGUCAGUGAUGACUCAUGCAGCGAGGAAACGCUUGCUGCUCUUUCGAUGGCCACAUCCGAACUACAAGAAUCAAAGGCGAGUGAAGUUGCUGACACCCUGGUCGAAGUCAUGGCUCGGGUAGCUCACUUCAGAUCCAGGUCUCCAGAUUUCCUGUCGGCUCCUUUUCCAGCACUGGGAAAGGGGAUUUACACACAACUUGCACUGAGGGCUGCCACUCAGCCAGUGGAGGAGACAGCCAGUGGCGCUGUUUCUUUGACGCUGGAAAACUGCAUUGCGGACAAGCACUACAAGCUCAUGGAGAUGUUCUUCCAAUCCUGCACAUUGGCAGAAUUGAAAGAUAUUCUUGGAGACCUUGUUUUAACUCUGAUGAAGGACGACGUGCAGUCAGUUUCCAUGAAAGUGCACCUUCAAGUACUCCAGCUUGUUUGCUCAUGUGUGGACAACCAGAAGCAAGAUGGAACUGCAAAGGACAUUAUGUCCAUAAUUCACAAGAUUAUCGAGUACUUCGCUGUCAUCUUGAGUGUAUAUGACAUUUCCGAACAUCCAGAGGUUGUUGUAUAUGUUCUCAAGUUUUUUUCGACACUGCUGACUAUGAAAAGAGUUGUUCUCUCCCAUCGAGGUGGUGUGGUGAUCCUGCAGUGCCUGAGCAGCCUCAACCUUCUACGUCUGUGGAGCAGAAGCCAGGAGCAUUUCUGCCAGUCUGUCAUGGCUGCUUCCAGGCUGCUCAGCAUCUUUCUCAGCAAGAGGAUAGUGAUGGUAGUUGGGUGCACGGUGGCCUACCAAAGCUGCGUUUCUCAUCUUCUCAAGAGCAUCAUCAAAGUGGGUGGAUCCGAGCACUUGAAAAGUGACACAGUUGUGGCCUAUCAGCUGCACAUGUGUGCACUUUCCUUGGAAAGAUUGGUUGGCGAGAUAGCCUCACACAAGAAGGAGUUUUCCAAAAUGGGUGGAUUCCUCAUAUCAGACUAUAUCCUGGAGUCAAUCAACACUGUUUUGCACCCUCCAGUAAAGAAGACACUGCAGUUCUUGGUCUACAAGUUGUUUGGGCUUGCAGACGAGCACAGAAGAGCCAUGGUUCAUGCAACCCUACCCAAAGAAGGAACAGAAGUGUUCAAGACCCUUUUUGCAGACUCUCAGAGGCUGCGCUUUAAGGGCAAAGUUUAGGGUGUUUGUAGUAAAUAUACCGACUGUUCACAA